CCACCCGAGCGAACAACUAACUACAAACUGUAUUUUGAAAACUUACUUGUUCACCGUGUCAAGGAAUUGAAAAUAAAUAUGGCACAUGAUUAAUAAAAAAAAUUAUUGCACUCCCUCCACUCCACUUGCUAGGAAAAUAGAAUACAUGGUUGAAAGGGAAAAAGUUUUUGGGAAAAAAUAAACUUAACUUUCAUAAUCUUGCUAAUGCACUUAACAUUAGUGAAUAGUGAUUGAUAUUGAGAAGAAAAAGAGGAGAAGCAAAAUCCAAAAUAUUAAAAAGUGUCAUUAUUAAAAAAGAAGUGACAUAUAUUUUCCCUUACUUGAAAAUUCAAGCCCACCAAUUCCCUCCUCCUCACCCUUUUGCUUACUUUGUUCUACAAAACCCCAAUUCCGUCCAUCAUAUCACUCUUUACAGGAUUCCAUGCCAAAAACAUUCAUAUAACUAGCUAGAAAUCCAAGUUGCAACUGGAGGUUCAAACUAUUUCCCAAAGCAAAAUCACAAUAUUACCAUUUUACACAAGAACCAUACUCCCUAGUUACCCAAUGUGUAGUGCAUGGCUUUGGUCAUCAACAAUAUUUGUGAUGAUCUUCAUCUCCAUUUUCUUUAUCAUCCCUCAUCCUCCUCCAAAUAGUACUACAUGGCCUUGGCCUCAAGUUGCAACUUCCAUGGCUUGCCUUCUUUUGCCACUCACCAUCAUCACCUUGAUUCACUUCUUGCCUCUAUUGAUACUCCACCACGAUCAUCACGACAACAACAAUCUCCCCAAGGGCUCCUUUGGUUGGCCUUUGCUUGGUGAAACCCUUGGUUUCCUAAACCCUCACCCAUCCACUUCCCUUGGAGCUUUCCUCCAAGACCAUUGCUCCAGGAAGGUUUUCAGGUCACAUUUGUUCUUGUCCCCAACUUUGGUGUCCUGUGAUCAGGAGCUGAAUUACUUCAUACUUCAGAAUGAAGGGAAGCUGUUCGAGUGCAUCUACCCAAAGCCCAUCCAUGGAAUUCUUGGCAAUGUGUCGAUGCUUGUAGUAGUUGGUGACACUCACAGGAGGCUUAGAAAUGUUUCUCUGUCUCUUGUCAAUGUCACAAAAUCAAACCCUGAAUUCUUGCAUGAUGUGGAGAUGCAUGACUGCAACUGUGAUUAUGAAAUCAUGGUGUGGGAAACAGCAGGUGCUGUUCUGUGAGGAAGCCAGGAAGGUAAAAUAAAAGAAGAGUUGAAUUUGGGCAAUUGCUCUGUCUUGGUUCAUAACCUGCUUGUGAAAUGCUGAUAGACGAUUAAUUGCACAUGUUUAUGCUUCCAUUCUUGAGCCGUUUAAGAGAUGAUUCUCGUGUUUUAAGCCGAUUUCACGCUAGGUUGUGCGUUAAUGUCAUAUUUCAGGACUUGGCGUGGACAUGGAGGCGUAGAAACAAGUUUCAGAUAAACAAGGAGGAUGUUGGAGUGAAGGGAAGAAAAUACCCGGUCAGAAGUUAAAAUACCCGAUCGGGUAAAAUGCAAGAGGAGGCUGGGGAUAUCAAGUUUUGGACGCCAUAAUUCCAGAAGGGGUCCCGACCGGAUAACUAAAAUACCCUAUCGGGU